UGGCUGUCGUGUGGCCGGUGAGGCGUGGCUACGGGAGCCGGGCGGGCACAUUUCGAACCGUGGCUGGGGCUGCGGUGGCGGCGGCGGCAGGGAAAAAUGCACCCGGCAGGCUUGGCGGCGGCGGGGACGCCCCGGCAGCGUAAGUGGCCCUCGAAGCGGAGGGUACCUGUGUCCCAGCCAGGCAUGGCUGACCCCCACCAGCUUUUCGAUGACACGAGUUCGGCCCAGAGCCGAGGCUACGGGGCCCAGCGGGCGCCUGGUGGCCUGGGCUACCCUACAGCCUCCGCCUCGCCCCAGGCGGCCUUCCUGGGUGAUCCUGUGUCCAACAUGGCCAUGGCCUACGGGAGCAGCCUAGCCGCGCAGGGCAAGGAGCUGGUGGAUAAGAACGUGAGUGGGCCGGGCUGGUGGGGGUGGGGGCAGGUAGGGGCCUUGGGGCCAGGGCUUCAGGUUGGCGCUCUGCCUCCCCAGAUCGACCGCUUCAUCCCCGUCACCAAGCUCAAGUAUUACUUCGCCGUGGACACCAUGUAUGUGGGCAAAAAGCUGGGUCUGCUCUUCUUCCCCUACCUGCACCAGGACUGGGAGGUGCAGUACCAGCAGGACACACCAGUGGCCCCGCGCUUUGACGUCAACGCGCCUGACCUCUACAUUCCAGCCAUGGCUUUCAUCACCUACGUCUUGGUGGCUGGCCUGGCGCUGGGGACCCAGGAUAGGUUCUCCCCAGACCUCCUGGGGCUGCAGGCGAGCUCGGCAUUGGCCUGGCUGACACUGGAGGUGCUGGCCAUCCUGCUCAGCCUCUACCUUGUCACUGUCAACACAGACCUCACCACUAUCGACCUGGUGGCCUUCUUGGGCUACAAAUAUGUUGGGAUGAUUGGCGGGGUCCUCAUGGGCCUGCUCUUUGGAAAGAUUGGCUACUACCUGGUGCUGGGCUGGUGCUGUGUGUCCAUCUUUGUGUUUAUGAUCCGGACGCUGCGGCUGAAGAUCCUGGCCGAGGCGGCGGCCGAGGGCAUCCCGGUGCGUGGGGCGCGGAACCAGCUGCGCAUGUACCUGACCAUGGCCGUGGCGGCGGCGCAGCCCCUGCUCAUGUACUGGCUCACCUUCCACCUGGUGCGGUGAGGGCGGCCCCGCGACGCCUCCAGCUGCUGCUUCCGGUGGCCACCGCGCUGCCGCCGCUCAUCUCCCGGCCACCUGCCGGCCACAGGGUCCGCCCCGCCGCCCGAGUCCCUCCCUCCCCAUCCUCGCCGAGGUGCUGAGAUCUCCAGCUGCACAGGCCGCCCCCCAGCAGUGCGGCCACUGUUCCAGAAACAAUAAACCGUAAUGGGCACGGCG